AUGAGGCCAGGUAAAGCGGAUGCGAAAUUCCGUCAAUUUAACAAAAUCGAGGAUGGGCGAGAAUGGGUAGAGGUUGUGAUCAUGGAACCGCUUGACUAUGAACAGGCUCAAAACUAUACCCUCACGCUCACCGCUACGGACGUGAACUCACAUGUGUCGUCAUCACGAUCAUUCACGGUACUUGUGAAGGACGUAAAUGACGUCGUGCCACAGUUUACGGUGGAUCUCUUCACAGGAACGAUUGACGAGGAGCUUACACCAGCUGAGUAUCUGGAAAGAUUCGAUCGAAAGCCGAUAACUACGGUGAAAGCGGUCGACACAGAUUCUGACGGUCCACAGAAUGAGAUCCACUACCGAAUACUUGAUGUGCCAGAUCCCAUGGGAGCAGGACUGUUCCGUAUUGACGAGUUGACUGGUGAGAUUUGGCCGAAUGCCAAAUUUGAUCGUGAGCAAAAGGAUAUGUACAUUCUUACCGUGGAAGCUCGAGACAAUCUACCGUCAGCUCUACCAGGAGCCGUGGGCCCAAACAAAGAUAAUGUGAAAGUCCAAAUCGUAAUCGGUGACGUCAAUGAUAACGCUCCAUCGUUUGAUGAGCCAAAAUACAUCGGAAAAGUGUUGGAGAAUGCCGAUCCUGGUCACGAUAUCAUUACUGUCAAGGCACAUGAUAUGGAUAAACACUCAACCUUGCGCUACGAUGUUGUUGCUGCUCAAGGAGGUCGGAUUCCAUUUGGUGCGCGAACGGACAGUGGAGCGAUUUUUGUCAAGGAACCACUCGACUAUGAACAGGAAUCGGUCUAUCAACUACGGUUGCUGGUCUCUGAUGGUCGUCACAAUGCAUCGACUGAUGUGUUCAUCUA